GAUUCAAUUGCUUACCCGUAUCGAGAACGCGUUUUUGUGGUGAGGAUUAAGACACGUGUCAACAUAUGAGACAUUGACUAGUCUCGCAUUAUCCAGAGAAGGUUUAUAAAUACCCUCGACCCCGUUGUCGAAUAGAACUUUAAAUCUGAAAGAGAAAAAGAGAGAGAGAGAGAGACAGUAGAACGAACGCGAAGAAGAUAUACAAACUACAAAUCGAACAACAGCAACAAAAAAAAGGAAAAGUGAUUGUUGACCAUUGAAGAAGAGAUUCGACUCGAACUUUGAAGUUAUCAAUUCCAAUAAAUUAUUUGAUUUACGUCUGAAAAGAAGAAGAAGAAGAAGAUGGCAGUUUAUGACCAAACAGGAACCCAUACAGUAUCGAUAUCAAGGAAGAGGAAGUCAAGAGCUAGAGCAGACGGUACAACGGUAGCUGAUAGACUUAAGAAGUGGAAAGAGUACAACGACUCUGUUAACGCUUCCUCUAUAAAACAAGGAGAGAAACCGAAACGUAAACCUCCUGCUAAAGGGUCUAAGAAAGGCUGUAUGAAAGGCAAAGGUGGACCGGAGAACUCUCACUCUAGCUUCAGAGGAGUUAGACAAAGAGUUUGGGGUAAAUGGGUUGCUGAGAUCCGUGAGCCUAAUAAAGUAAGCAGGCUUUGGCUCGGCACUUUCCCUACGGCCGAAGAAGCUGCUUCUGCUUAUGAUGAAGCUGCUAUGGCUAUGUACGGUCCUUUAGCUAGGCUUAACUUUCCUCAGCAGUGUGUUGGCUCUGAGUCUCUUACUAGUACGUCAAGUCAGAGUGAGGUGUGUAGGGAUGAGGAUAAGGCGGUUCUUGGUGUGGAGCAAGAGGAUGUUGAUUGUAAAACUAGACCAGUUAGUGAGAUUAAAGAUGUCAAGGAAGUAUGUGGUGAUCAUGCGUAUACAAGGCUGAAUGAGUUUGAUGAGGAGUAUUGGAGCAGACUGUCGAACGGGUUAGAGAAGCCGAAGGAGGAAGAAGUGAUACGGCCGCGGCAGGAGUUAGAUAUGCUUACUGUUGCGGAUUAUGGUUGGCCUGGUGAUAUGCAAAACGAGCAGGGUUUUUGGGAUGCGGAUGAUUCUUUUGAUAUUGAUGAACUCCUUCGUGAUAUUGAUGUAGGCCUGUUAACCGGUCAUGAUCCGUCCCAAAACCAAAGCCAGGUAGUACACCCUGGUGGAUAUGAUUCACAUCCUCUUCCGAUAGAGCCACAAGACAAUAAUCAUGAGUUAUUCAACUUGAGUUCUCUGGAUGGAUCUUUGACAAAGUUCUGAAGUCAUGAAGUGGUCUGCAAGCAAUAGAGUAUUUGAUCAUAUAGUAGCAACAAUAAAUUGGGUGUUAGUUAUUUGAUUUCACAGUUAAAAGUAUCAAUGUUAAAGAAACCUCUAUGGUUUUACAGAGGACUAUCAACUACAAGGAUUAUUUGGAUUUAGACUAACGAAUUACUAAUUUAUUUUUAAAUAUA